AUGGAGCGCUCCCACGUGUACGGUGUCGAGCUGUCCAGGCUCCGCAACCUGUGCAGCGAGCCCCAGCCUCUGCGAAAGAUCCACUUCCGUCUUGAAUCUGAUACCAUGCCCACGAGGGACUCCUACCUUGACCUCUACGUUCCCGAGUUUCACCAAUAUGGCUCCAGCAAAGACCGCCAAGUUCGCCAUCUCGACAUGACGUCAACCUGGAGGUCGUUGUCCACCGCUCACGCCAAAGAGCUGAAAUUCUGGGAAGACAUGUUCGCAGCUGUCCUCGAGUACACCGUCUCAAACCAUUUGAUCGACCUCGUGGAUGACAUGGAUGAGUGCAGCAUUGAUCGUUACCCGGGCGACUUAGAUGGCCGCAUCUGCACUUUUAUCACCAAGCUAGGUGCCAAGACGUUCCCAGUAAACGUUCGAGAAAUCAUAAAUUGCAUGCUGGAGCUCUACAAGCGUCAUGGAUGCCAACAUCAAUGGCUUUCCUCUGGCGGCAACUUCUACAAUGCGCUGUGCGAGUUUCUACGCACCCGUGACUGUUUUCUCGACUCGCCUCUUCAUCCCACAAUCAAAGUCACCUUUUCCGCCGCUCUCUCGGCCCAGAACGAGCCCGCUGUCGUUGGUGUCCUGAAGCGCUUCGGUCCCGUCAUGGGAUUCAGUCGACUGGACGCCUUCACAAGGGAGCAAGCUUGGUGCGAGAUCCGCCCCGCUUAUGUGGAGCCAGCCCUCGAUCCAAGCUAUUCUUCGUUCCUUGGACGCCCAGAAUAUCGUCUUGCUUCGGAUUGGGUCAAGUUUGAGUGGGACACCAACGUGGAGGGCUUUCGCGGCUAUGUUCGGCCGAUUCCAGGCCUCGGAGAAGCAGGAGUAAGCACAUGCCUCAAUGUGGACGUGGCUGUCGUGAGCCAGCGCUUCUUCCCCGGCCGCGUUGUCUUCGAGCGUAACCUCCGAGUUAAGAUUAAGCUGUCUGUAUGCCGGGUUCCCGAUGUGCCCACGGUUUCGCCGCCCAACAAAGGCAUGCUGGAUCUGCAACCUUGCCGCAAACGACGGCCUCUGUUCACUCUUACCCCAGGGCUCCAGGACUUGGGAGAAAUCAUGAAAGCCAACAAGCGUUCACAUACUGCGUCACCCACCAAAUCGGCCGAUUCCCGGCGGAAGAAAGAGAAGAAACCUAAGCCAGAAAAACUUAAAGAGAGUCUGACCGCCGGGUGGUACUCGUCCCUCCCCCUCUGGCGCAGAAACGUCCCUGCCUGGGAGGUUCUGCCCGACUGUGAGGCUGAGCUGGCCAUUAGUCCAACCCAGGUGAACAUGGUGGGAGUUUCCAAUUCAAGGCCACGGACAGCAACAUGCCUUGGAAGGUCUCUUAGCGAUGUCUUCGAGGAUACAGAAUUCUACAUACCCACACGCCCACCGCCCGUUGACGUGCAGCUGAAGUCGCGCCGGAGCGAAUCCUCACUACCACUCAGUCACACCACCAAGCUCACCAUCAUGACGAGCGACGACGAGUACAUCGUCGUCCAGCCCCACCACGCGGCCUCCUCAACCGACCUCAACGACUCCGACGCGCCCUUGGAGAUGAAGGCGACCUCGGGGCGUUCAAAGCGGCCCCGCUACUCCAUCACCCACUACCCCUGCGUCUCGACAUCACCUCACCCGGCCGAACCAGCGCCGGCACCCGCCUGCCCCGCGUCCGCACCCCACCCGUCGCGCCCCGACCGAACCGACUCCGUCCUCGGCGCCAGAAGCCACAGGAAACGACCCACAUCCACCCUGCUGUGGGCCACGACGACGACGGACGACACGACGACGGCCACGAGCCACAAACGCAGCAGCAACAGCAGCAUCGGCAUCGCCGACAACAACACCAACACCAACAACAACGACAACAACGAAGCCGAAGUCGACCCCCCCACCAGCUGUUUUCUUUCUCAAACGGGAGGAGACUGGGCGUCCGAGCGGCAGCACGUGCAGCCGUCGGAGUGGUACAUGCCGCGCGGCAACCUGGAAGAGCGCGUCGAGCGGCUGCGCAGCAGCAUCAAGGAGUGGCACGACGCCAUGGUGCUGAAGCUGGACACGCCGUGCCGGAAGACGAGGGAGGAGAGGAGCCAGGAGGGGGCGCUCGAAGAGGCGUUUCUGGUGGGGGGGAGCGAUAGCGGCGAGGAUGGGGAUGCGGAGAGUGAUGAUUGA